UGUCUCCAGAGGCAGGACGGCCUAAUGCAGCGCUCCAUCCGAGAGGUGAACACGUCCAGCCGCUGGUGUGUGCUGUGGGACCUGGACGAGGACACACACUACAGCGUCCAGGUGCAGUCUGUUGGGCCGCAUGGUGACAGCCAACCCAGCCGCGCCGUCCACUUCAGGACUCUGGAGAGGAGUGACCAUUAUCCAGCCGGAGUCCUGGACCACCAUGAACCAGCGAUGGAAGGUCUGGGCAUGACUCCUCACUUACAGACAGGAGAGCUCCUCAUUAUCACCACUGUGCUGCUGCUGUGGGCAGCUGUCAUCGCCCUCUUCUGCCGACAGUAUGACAUCAUAAAAGACAACGACUCCAACAGCACAAAGGACAAAACCAAGAGGCCGCUGGUCCGCGCCACUUCCUCCUACUACAACACUUCAGCCGGCAGCUCACCCAUCUACCACAACGGAGCCGUACGCAGCAGCAGGCUUCACAGAGCCUCCUCCUCCAUCAGCAUUAUUAGAGUCUAGUGAGUUUGGAUGUUUGGUUUUGGGACUCGGCAGCAGCUUACAGUGCGGGACGAGUGGAGCUGAUGAUGUGCAACAGCAAGUGACAUAUGCCUGAGGAACUUUCAAUGGGAUUAUUGUGACAAAUGGGGAAUUUAUAGACCUAGUUGAGAGUCUAAUUUAUUGUAAAAUAUGGGCAAAAGAAGGAGCACUUCAUGCAAAUCUAAUUGAAACGAAAUUGAGGAGUUACACUGUGGAAGAAGUAGAUGACUACUGCUCCCUAGUGGCAGAAGACUGCAGCAUACAGAUGCACAGCGGCCUAUUGCAGUUUUUUGAGCUUUCAGUGAGCUGAUAUGAAAUCAUGUGAACGUAGAAGAGUUCUGCGGAACAGAACGCAUUUUGAACUGUGGCCAAAGUCAUUCUCCUGUCUUUUAUUUCAGUUCCUCUUCUCUCUGAUGUCAGAGACUAAUUGUGAACAUUUGCCAGCAUGUCAGCCAACUGUUGUGCCAAGUCCUGUCAUUUCUAAAGGUCUGUGUGUCAAGAGGAUGUUGCUUUUAUGUUGGUUUUCAGGGCGUUUUAUUGAUAUUUGCUACAAAACAAAAUGACAACCUCCUUUAGUGACUACAGAAUCAAAACUUUUGGUUUAACAUUAAGACCUGUGUGUGUGUGUGUGUGUGUGUGUGCGCGUGGGUGCAUAAUAAAAUGUAGAGUACUAACUACUGUACGAAAUUAAAAGAGUAUAUUAUAUGUAAUUAGAAUAUGUACAU